AUGCCAUCCUUGACACUCGAAAGCGGCGUGAGCUUCAGCUACACGGACAGUGCAGUCCCCGAGUCUGACAAGACAGACUAUUCCUUGGUCUCCGAAUUUAUCUUCUCAGGCACAUUUGCCAGCCUGGCGGCAAUCGGGUCUUCAAAUCAUGCGCGGGUCAUCGCCUUGAAUCGCCGCGAAUACCCGGGAUCAAGUCCCUACUCGCCGCAAGAGCUCGAUCUGCUCACCAGAGGGAGUGAAGCGCAGAAGAGUCAGCUACUAGCGGAGAUGGGCCGAGAUCUUGCCUUGUUUAUUGCCGGGGUGGCCGCCUCGCUCUCCCUCCCAGGCUCUAUUGCAGUAGUCGGAUGGUCGGUGGGAUCGCUGAUGGUGCUUUCUAUUGCUGCAUCCAUGGACAUGCUGCCUGAGGAUGCACGUCAAACUCUGACAACUUCCGUGCGAAGCAUGAUUCUCUUCCGUCAUGCAGAAGGCCCAAGCGUCGCAUAUGGGAUGCCGGACCCUGAAGGGAUAGACAUCCCACCCAUGAUGGACCUGAUGGCUGCUGAUGCAGAUCAGGAAUCCUCGAUCACCCGUUGGUUGUUGAGCUUCUUUGCGCACGGAGAUCUCUCGAAACAUGACCCACGCAACUUGCAAUACAACGUAACCGACUCGAUUCGGCUGCCUACCAUUCCGAUGGACGGUAUCACUGAUUUCACUGCGAGCACCAAGUACGACGGCAUCCUGAUCUCUCCUCGUUUCCACUCAGUGACAGCGAAACUGCUGGACAAAAGCCUGUUUGAUAGCCACGUCCGUGGUGAGUUGUGGAAAGACACCGAGUUUUUUGUGGUGACGGGCUCGGCCGACUCGUGGACUACGAUUUAUGCUUCGUGGAAGUUGGAAGAAAGGAUGCGUAUGGAGGCAAAGCCUGAGUGCAAGAUCACAUUCAAGAUGAUCGAAGGUGCAAAUCACUUCUUCAUGAUCGAGGAUCCACAGGUCGUCCUCCACUAUCGCAGUGAAGGGUUCAUCUCAAGCAAACAGCACCAGGCCACGGGUAACGUUGAGCCCGACCCAAGCCUUACGGUAGCUACAAGGAGUGCUGCGGAGACCUUCGGGAAAACGCACCUCGGGAUCAUCGGGCACGUGAAGACACACGAUUCCACCAUUUCGUACCGAUUCCCAUCGUCGUCUGGGAGUCCGUCCCCUCCCCCCAUCAUACCAUCGUCGCCCGAUCUGGCGCAUCAAAACCAACCCGGGCCCUCCAACCCCUACCUUGCCCUCCCACCGCCUGAAGACGAGAUCCCCGACCUCGACGAACUGCCCUCCGAACAACCACCCUCGCCCCCACCUCACACGCCUGCCCCUACCAUGUCAGGGCAUCACCGCAUCACCCUCGCCGCCAAUCCCCCCUACUUCGAUGGCGACAAGUCCAAAUACCUGGGCUUUGUGGACGCGUGCACCACUUACAUCGGUGCCUAUCGAUCGGAGUUCUCGCAGGAUGAGACCAAAAUCCUCUUUGUCCUCUCCUACCUCCGUAACGAGAACGGCACGAGCUGCGCUGCCUCGAGAUGGGCAAUGAACUGGAAGCAGCACAACUUCGAGGGCUUCCAGGGACUGAAGGCAGGAGUCACAUCAAAGAACUUCCUGGAGGAGUUUCAGAGGGCGUUCGGGGACUCCAAUGCGGAACAAGUCGCCGCUGCUCGGCUUAUGGCCCUGCGCCAAAACAAACGGUCCUUCGCGGACUACAUCUCCGACUUUGAGAUGUUGGCCGCGGAUGCAGGCUACAAUGUGGUCGACACCACCGACGACAAAGGCGAAUACAAGAAGGGGGACCAGGAUAAUAUCCUCAUCGAGUUCCUGGAGCGCGGACUCAGCAGCGAGAUCGCCAGCCGUCUCUACAACACCGGUGUCCCUCUGCCCAAGGCCUAUGGAGCGUUCAAAGCCUGGUGCAUCAACAUCGAAGCCAAUGCUCUGCGUGACCAGCUGCGCAAAGCGUCGUAUGGGCACCCCACACAACGACCACCUCCCCAGUUCCGUCCCCAAGCGGCACCAGUGGCGCCCGCACCCGCUCCGGCCCGACCCGCUGCCAACGAACCGGUUCCAAUGGAAAUCGAUCGUACCCACGCCCGCGGCCGCAAUAUCAUCUGCUACAACUGUCAGCAGCCGGGGCACAUUGCGCGGAACUGCCCGGAACCAAGAAAGAAGCGCACAUUCUUCAAUCGGGCCACGAUGCUUGAAGAGAUCGAGAACGGGGACAAGGACAACGAGUUCCUCAAGGAGAUUGCCGAGAAGCUGCGCGAGAAGGGUUUUUGA